AUGUCGACCUUCGACGGCAUUGUAGACGAGUUCCCUAAUAUCCGCAUUGACUAUUUCCGUCAACAUGGCAAGGUUCCACCUGCAGCGUGCUUCCUCAGUCACGUCCAUAGCGACCAUCUACUUGGCCUUGAAACGUUGCGCAUGCCUUUUGUGUAUUGUUCGGCAGCUACACACAGGAUCUUACUCAAGAUGGAAAAGUAUCCGCAUCGAAUCAACUUUUCGAAAGGCAUUCUAGAAGCCAGGAAGCAGACAUACAAGCAUCUCAAGCAGAUUCUGAGACCUCUUCCAUUAAAUACUCCCAUUGAACUGGAGCUGGGCCCAAAGUCCAGGAUACGUGUUACGUUGUUCGACGCAAACCACUGUCCUGGUGCGGUCAUGUUCCUGAUCGAGGGCGAAGGAAGAGCAGUACUGUAUACUGGUGAUGUGCGUGCUGAACCAUGGUGGGUUAACGCUACUAUUGCACGAAAUCCUGUUCUCAUACCAUAUACUAUAGGCCAAAAGACUCUAGAUUGCAUCUACCUUGAUACUACGUUUGCCUCACACCAAGACACCCACCGAGAAUUUCCCACAAAAUCCGAGGGCCUAAGAGAGCUAGUCAAGAAAAUGAAGGAGGCUCCAUCUGACAGUACGUUCUACUUCCGCGCCUGGACACUUGGAUACGAAGAUGUUUGGAUCACUCUGAGCAGCUUACUGCAGUCUCACGUUCACGUCGACGAGUAUCAGUUCCGAUUGUUCCGUGGUGUGGCAGAAGAUGGUUUAGAUGCACAACCAGGCCCUGCCCUUACUGGCUUUAAGAGUCAAAACACAAUCUGGGUGACCCCGAUAAUCUCACGACUGGGAGAUGGCACUGAGUUGGCCGAAAUUGGUGCUGGCGGAGGUAGAGGGGACCUCUACCUCCAACGCGAGGUCGAACUCAGUAAUAUCAAUGGCUUCAUGUUGGAAUCACUUCGAAAGCUAUGCAGAAACGCAAGCAACACAGAAGCAGUCGACAGGCUUGAGUCUGCGAUCGACAACGCACAAGACAACCACGUCCCCCGCUUUGUGAUAGAAGGACACGCCAUUGAUCCUGCAAAGGAACUGACAAUUCAAGACUUCCUCUCCCUCGCUAACAAACAACCAGCUUUGACCGAGCAAGAGAAGCUACCUACCACCACUUCGAACGUGAUACACUUUCCCUACUCACGACAUUCAUCCUAUUCAGAAUUACGACAUCUCGUCGGCACUCUCCGGCCCAAAGAUAUUUGUCCUUGCACUAUAGACCUCAAAAUCUGGAGUGAAGAAGUCAGCAUGCAAUCUCUGUUUGGAGACUUGUGCUCUGGACAAGAAUUCAGGUAUGACAAGUCGAUCCGCGAGGAAGUGGAGAGAAGAGCAGAAAGCAGCGAGACGCAAUCACAAAACCAGACACAACGAGACACACAGCAGUCUGAGAGUCAGGUGUUAGAAGGUGGAGAACAGUACAAGGACUGCUCUUCAGAGACAGCCAGCCCUCGCGUGGUAAGAACAUCGAACAAACCUCCUAUGCACAUCGCAGGGGACGCGCACACAAAAGACAACCCUCGCGCAGAUCCCCCCCAACAGCCACCUCAAACGCCGGACACAACACUCCCCGACAACAGAACACCCAGAGAAAGACUAGAACACGCAUGGAGAACACUAAAGCACACAGCAGACCACCACAACGACAAAACAAGCGAAGAACCAAGUCAAGAAGUAUUCACAAACGACACACCCGAACCCAACGCCUCACAAGCCAAAUCUGAUGCAGAAGUCGAGAAAUCUUCACCAGAGCAUACAACCGCUAUGCCCGCCGACGAUGUUCAGUCUCAAGUAGCUGAAGAGGGAAAUCUCGAACAGCAGAGUGAAGCGUAUGAAGCUGCGAGGAUAUGUUUGGAGACCGGGGAUGAUGCUGAUUGGCAGGACUUGUGUAUCGUGUCGUUGAGAGGGAGGAAACGUGUUUUGGAGGAGCAGGAGAUUUGA